UUUUUCAGUCUGUCAAUAGACUUCUUUUACUCAAGAUCAUCUCUGCUCAAAAUGAUAAGGAAUUUAUUUCUCAAUCGAGGAGUGCAAAUCCUCGGCCAAAGGGGAAUUGCAUCCCUCGCAGCUCUGCCGGAUUCCCAUCAGAUGCUCCAGAAGACUUGCCGGGACUUUGCUGACAAUGAACUGAAGCCCAACGCCGCCAAAUUCGACAGGGAGCAUCUCUUUCCACAGGAUCAAAUUCGCCAAAUGGGAGAACUGGGGCUCAUGAGCAUUGCUGUGCCUGAGAAGUAUGACGGAACCGGUCUGGAUUAUCUCGCCUAUGCCAUUGCCCUGGAGGAGAUUUCGCGAGGUUGCGCCACGGCGGGGGUUGUGAUGUCGGUGCAGAAUAGCCUGUACUUCGGCCCACUUCUGGACAAUGCGACUGAGAAACAGAAGGAGCAAUUCGUGCGUCCGUACGUGAGCGGAGUCAAGAUCGGGUGCUUUGCCUUGUCCGAGCCGGGGAAUGGAUCCGAUGCCGGCGCAGCGUCGACUUUGGCAGUGACGAAGGGUGAUAAGUGGGUACUGAACGGCACCAAGGCGUGGAUUACGAAUGCCUUUGAGGCCAAUGCAGCAGUUGUGUUCGCCACGACGGACAAGAGUCUGAAGCACAAGGGCAUAUCCGCGUUUAUCGUGCCGAAGGACAGCCAGGGAUUCUCGCUGGGGAAGAAAGAGGACAAGCUGGGAAUUCGGGGAUCUUCAACGUGUUGCAUUAUUCUGGAGGAUUGUGAGAUUCCAAAAGAGAAUCUCUUGGGGAAGCCCGGAGAUGGCUUCAAGAUCGCCAUGAAGACUCUCGAUGCUGGUCGCAUUGGGAUUGCUAGUCAGGCUCUUGGGAUUGCACAGGCAUCGCUGGAAGUGGCUGUGGAUUAUGCGACUAAGCGAACGGCCUUUGGCAAGCCCAUCUCGAAACUGCAGUCCAUCCAGCAGAAGAUCGCUGACAUGGCGCUUCGCGUGGAGUCUGCUCGGCUCCUGACCUGGCGAGCGGCGUGGCUGAAGGAUAACGGGAAGCCGUACACCAAAGAAGCCGCGAUGGCCAAACUGGCGGCCUCUGAGACUGCAACCUUUGCUGCUCAUCAGUGCAUCCAGAUCCUGGGCGGGAUGGGAUACGUCUCCGACAUGCCAGCAGAGAGACACUACAGAGAUGCGCGCAUCACAGAAAUUUACGAGGGCACUUCAGAAAUCCAGAGAUUGGUAAUUGCUGGAGCGGUUCUCAAGGAGAUGUCGUGAACAAGACUUACAAUUGGGGUGGGGGAUCGUCAUUUUAUACAGUUUAUAUUUUUCAUGCGAUGCAUUCGAUUAAUAAAGUACAAUUGGUAUUGA